AUGGCUACUCAGAUAGCUUCGCCAGCUGCUGCCUCUGGCUCCGGCGGGAGAAAUCCUGACCGGAACAAUGGCGACAGCCACGGCCCUGGCAAGGGCAAGGUGAAGAGGGCAAAGAAGGUAGCUCGAGCAAAGAUCCAUCUACCUCAUAUUGAGCUGACAGGAUACUUUACAAAGGGACCAGUGGUGUUCUUUCUGCCGACGCUGGGGUCACGACGCUGCGACGUGUGUGUUGCCGCCCGCAUCCUGGCCGCUGUGACUGCGGUGUCACAGAACCAGGGAGAUCUUCCUCCUCCUCCUCCUCCUCCCCCCCGUCCUCGUGGCUGGCAGAAUCGUCCUCGAAUCCCAACAGCAGGGACCGUCGUAGAGAUCGACGCAGGCUGCAGCACCUGCAAUAGCAAAAUGCAGGGGGAGGCUCAGCUGCGCCAGGUACAAGGCCAGGAGGAUGAACGGAAGCAAAGAGUUGAUUCGCAUCACGGCGAAGAGAAGAACACUACUUGUGAAGCCGACCGCCAGUGA